CUUUUCAAGUGUGUCUUGUUGAGGAGGCGGGAAAUGGCGUCCCAAGAAGCUAUGGAAAAGCUGUUCGUCGCUCUGUGACUCUCACACUGAUUACAUAUAAGAGAGACGGCCGAGGAGUUUGCUAGUGGCCGUCCCCGUUGUCGUUGUUUUAACGACCACCUCAUCUACACGCUCCCGCGACACUUGGAAUGUAAGUGCUAAAUUUUUUACAUGUGACUAUUGGGACGAUGAGGCUGAGAGUGCGAAAGGCAUCUCAGCAGUUGAACCCUAGCCCACCAGCCCGGCCCACCCAGGCCAAGAGAAAACACUCAGAGGUGGAGCCCACGUUACCCUCAGGCAGAACCAGGAUGCAGAAGAGUGAUACAGGCAUCUUCUCCACCAUCAAAAGGUUUAUACGAGGAAAUGCUGUUAAGGUGGAGCAGUGCACCCCUGCCAAGAGAAGCCGCGUUGAAUGCGAUUUGGACAGUAACCUGAUCACAUCAACACCACCAACUGGAAACCUGCCCAGCAGAGCCAACCCCAGAACUCGCAGGAAAGGUCCUGUCAAUGGGGAUACCAUGACGUGUGAGAGUAAACCAGUGAAGCCCAAUGGGAAACUGGAGGUGCAGACUGGGGCACCAAGCAGCCCCCCACGCACUACUCUGUUAGGAACUAUCUUCUCCCCCGUCUUCAAUUUCUUCUCACCAGCCAACAAAAAUGUGACAUCAGGCUCGGACUCCCCAGGGCAGGCAGUGGAGGCCGAGGAGAUAGUGAAGCAGCUAGAAAUGGAGCAGCUGGAGGAGACUCCCACCAGCACCCCCACCACCACUGAUGGCAAAACCGUGCCCCCCAACCCUGUGCCCAACCCGAGGCCUUUACCUCCCGCUGACACAGCUGUAGAGGAGGGAGAGAUCUUCACCGAGGCAGACAUGCCACCUCUCACAGGGGUCCAAUCCAGAUGGCAGUUACCCAGAUUCUCCACCGUCAGCUCCUCCAGAGGGCACAUAUGAAGAAGACUGGGAAGUCUUUGACCCGUAAGUGAAAGCUGUUGACUGUCGCACCUCACCUGUCUCUGUACGACUUCGUUUUCUUAACUGUGUCUGUGUGUGUCUGUGUGUUUGUGCAAACGUGCAUGUGUGUGUUGGGGGGGUACAUGAACAGAGAGAGACAGACAGAAAGAAAGAAAGCAAUAAGGAAGAGAGCUCACCAUAGGUCUUCCCAUUGAUGGAGCAUUUAUUGAACACCAUGAUGUUCUGGGUGAGAGUUCCUGUUUUGUCUGAGAAAAUGAACUCCACUUGGCCAAGCUCCUCGUUCAGAGUUGUGGUUCGCGCCUCUCCUGGAGUGUCCCUCUUACUAUAGUACAUCUUUCUGUCCCAGUUAAUGAAAUAACUGUGGCCUAGCCGAAGCACUUCCACACUGUAUAAAAUAAAUUAUACUCAUUUAUAAAGACUACACACAGCUGGUGAAGUAUCAUUCUAAACCAACAUAAGGGAAACAUCACAUAGGUCAGCCAUAAUGCAUCCUGUAAUUUCUUGUAAGUAUGUGUUUAGUUAAAGUGCUGACAAAAGUACCCGAAGAGAGGGCCAUCAUGACAAAAUGCUGCCAAAACACCUGUUAUGUACAACAUUACUUACAAUAGUGCUUUACUUACUUAAAACAAAGUACAUUAAAAUCACAAAUUUCAUUUGAAGUAUUACAGGGCAACUCUCUUCUUGGCUAGUUUUAUCAAAAUGACAUCCAAUACAUCAUUAUGUAAUUAAGUUAUGUUCUUUUGCACUUUACUUGUCCUUGACUAAAUACGAGGCAAAUUCAAACUGUAUGUGAAUUCGUCACUUUAGCGUGGUACUAACCUGACAUAGAGUGAGAUGGGCACUACGGUAUUGAGGAUUAUGAUGUAGGACCAGAAGGUCAAGAACCCGGAGAACACGGGGCUGCUGAGGAGCUCAUCCCAAAGUAGAUAA